AGAACGUGAAAACCCAUUCGGGCAGUGUGAAGCAGAGCAGUGCGUAGUGAUGUGGAUAUUUGCCUCCUGUUGGCUUUAAACGUUCGAGGUCAAAGUUCUCCCAACUGCAGUACAAAUUCAGUUCCAUCGUUGCACAAAACGACUGCAACGACGAAAAUGUUCCGUCGCACGCUAACGGUGUCCUAUUCUCCCUUUCGGAACAACUACGUGACACUGCCGGAUAACUACUUUCGGAUGCUGUCCAGUUAUAAAAACGGCUGUUUGAGCAUAACACGCGGCAUCGACACUCACUACAUGUCUUGGUUCCCGUACGGGGGUGGUGGCUACCAGGACAACCGGAUUGGCAUCAAUGCACAGGUGGCCGGUACGAUGGGUCUGAAGGAGGGUGAUAUGGUCAUGGUGGCACUGGUUAUGGAAGUGCGGUCGCUCAAGACGGUGGAGGUUACGGCUGCAUCGGAGAAGGACUGGGACAUGCUGCAAGUCAGUAGUAAUCGUGUUCAAUCAAUUCUGCUGGACCAAACGAGAGUUGUUACGAAGGGUCAGAGUUUGGUUGUUUGGAUAAACGAUUCUAUUACUGUCAGGAUUAAAAUAAAGUUUACCAUACCGCCACUUCCAUUUGGUCGGCUCGAGAACGACACCGAACUGGUUGUAGAGCCGUAUAAAAAACUUCCACAGAAAAAUCCUGAUCCACCAGCAGCGCUAGUGCGCAGUAAUACGAAUUUAAACAUUGCUGAAUUGGUCCGUCAACGGAACCAACAGCGUACGAAGAUGAAAGAGAUAGAAAAUGGAUCCUAUGAUAGUUUUGUUAAUUCAGCUGGACUGAUAACGCCGUCGGCGUCAGACGUUGCAUCCGCUAAGCAGCGACCUGUGACCUGGCACCGCAAUAGCAAUGGGUUAGAGAAUGGCACCGGAGAACUAAACGGAAGUAGUAAGAAAGCGGAACAGGCGAAGGAAAAAGAGAAAAGUGUUAUAAAGCGGAGCUCAACGGCGGGUAGAGUGACCAACGGAAAUGGGAUCGCGGGUAAAACUCAGACCGCUGUACGGAAUUCGCUAUUCGAGAACGAUCUCGAGAAGCAUUUGAACAAACUGCAGACGAGUAAAUCGAUGGCCAAUUUUCUCAGUGAGCAGAGUUCUGGCGAGGAGGUGAAUAAACGAGUGGAAAGCAACUGUCCGAAUAGGAGUCAGUACCUUGACGAUUUGGUAGCGACGCUGACACGUGAAAUACCGAAAAUUUACGAGUUUCGGGUUAUCAAGGGAGUUUGGAACAACCGACGAAACAAUUCACAGAUUUGCGAUAUCUACAUCACCAAAGAGAAUAUCCCGCAGGGUAUGGAUAUCAAUUUGCCUUUUCUACUGACGACGAAUGACGACCGGGAGUAUUACGUAAACGUGCGAAUGGCGUCCGAUGGGGAGCGCUUUCCGCGAAAUGCCUAUCCAACGGUAGAAAUCAACGAUAAGCUGAUGACUCAGUUGGAAAUCAAUCAUGGUGAGAAAGUGACGCUGAAGGCGAAGCAGAAUGCACUUAACAUUGUGGACAUGAUUGAACUGCUACCGGCUACGAAAGUUGCCGCGAAAAUCGAAGCAGAUAUCGUGGAGAAGUUUAAGGAAUUUAUUUUGUUCAAUUCUAAAGUGCACCCGGUGCUUCUGAACCAGGGUCAGGUAUUUAAGCUGCCCGAGUACUACCUGACCGUGAAACUGCAGCCGGCGAAUUUAAAGUACUGCUUAGUGAAUGGGGUUAUUUUGCGACAGAGUAAGGUGACCUGCGCUGGGGAGGUGAAAAGUUUGGAUUCGGUUGUUUCCAGCGAGGAAGAAGAAAAGAAAAUAGUUUCCGUAGAGUCCGUACAGUCUGUAUCUAAAUCGAUAAAAAUAGAUAAGAUGCAACGAAUCGCGGAUAAAUGUGUUGAUCAGCUGAAGCUGAAACUGUGUCUGGACGACAGAAAUUCAAUUCGAAAAAGCCACAACGUUCUGAUUGCGGGACCCGAUCAGAGUGGUAAGAAAUCACUCUGCCAGGCAGUGCUGAACCGCCUUGCGGAAGCCCCGUUUUACUGUUUUACCACGACUUUUAAUUGUUCUAAGCACAAAGGUCGUAAGCCGGACUCGAUUCAGAAAGAUUUGCGUCAUAGUUUUUAUCUGUGUAUGUUUCACAGUCCUGCGGUGAUAUAUUUGGAAGGACUAGACGUGCUUACGCACCAUGCUGGCGAGCAGAAUACCCAGGAUGCCGAGUACCACAACAAAGUUUCGGACUUGUUUCGGAAACAAAUUGAAGAGUUCACGAGCAAUAACGCGAUUUCCGUGAUCGCAUCGAUUAGUAGCGUCAGUAAUCUGAACCGGAGGUUGUACUCGUCUCGAGGAUUCCAUUUGUUUCACCACAUCCGCCGGGUGCCAAAUCUUGACAAGACUGACAGAGAGAAUGCGCUGAAGAGUUUGUUCGUAAGCAAGCGGUGCAAGCUGGAGCGGACGGUCAACUGGAAGCGGUUGGCCAAUGCAACCGAGGGUUACACGAUUGGUAGUUUAGUACAGCUGGUAGAUCGUGCUGUAUUUUAUGCCUUCAAGCAGAACUGCAAAUCUCCUCUAAUCACGGAUAACAUGAUCAACAGCGCGCUAGAUGUCACCAAUUCGUACUGCUUGCAGGGGAUUGAAAACCACAAACAAUCGGACGAUGUGGAUUCGGAUGAUGAGGUGCCAGGCGAUCAAGUUCCAGGUUUGGAAAAGGCCAUAGAAGUGUUCCAGGAGGUGUUGAUGUGGCCCAGCAAGUUUCCGAAAAUUUUUGAAAACUCUCCACUCCGAAAUCAAGCUGGUAUUCUACUGUUUGGACCUCCGGGAACCGGGAAAACUUAUCUAGUUGCUAAAUUAGCCAAAACCUGGAAUCUGCGCAUGAUUUCGGUGAAAGGCCCGGAGCUACUGGCCAAGUAUAUUGGACAAAGUGAGGAAAAUGUGCGAAAUCUUUUCGACCGGGCUCGGAGCGCCAAACCGUGUGUUCUAUUUUUUGAUGAAUUCGAUAGCUUAGCGCCUAGGCGAGGACACGAUUCCACAGGCGUUACGGAUCGUGUCGUUAAUCAGCUGCUCACCGAGCUUGACGGAGUGGAAGGUUUGCAGGGUGUUACGGUUAUCGGUGCUACCUCGCGCCCUGAACUACUCGAUCCGGCUUUGCUGCGGUCCGGUAGGAUCGAUCGAUUGGUGGAGUGUAGCAUACCGGAUGAGAAAUCUCGUCUGGCUAUUUUCAAAAAUCACAGUCGUUCUUUAGAUUUGGCAAACGAUGUACAGUUGACGUACUUUGCGAAGAAGUCCAACGGACAUACCGGAGCGGAUAUACGUAGCAUUCUGACAACAGCCAACAUGUUGGCGGUUCAGGAAUGCCUAGCCAGUGCCGUUGAUGAUGAGUAUGUUCCAGAGCAGAUAACCAUUUACCAGCGGCAUCUUUUGGAGGCUUUUACCAGCACACGCCCAUCGCUCAGCCCACAAGAUGUACAGAAAUACAAGGAUACAUACGCACGAUUCACCAACAAAGAACCACCUUCGAGGGAUUUCGUUGCAAAACGGGCCACCUUGGCGUGACAUGAUUUCGGAUGAAGUUUGUUAGCUACAAACGCUUUAGUUGGGUUUGGUGUUUUAUCAGCUGCGGUGAUACUGUUGCUUAGGUUUAGCAUGAGAAGGUAUAAAAGACAAAUAUUUCCUAA